GUGCAAGAGAAGUGCUGGGAACAGCGUGACCGCGGCCGACUCAGCCGGGAAGUGCCGUGUGACUUCCCCUGGCCCCAGCCCUGCAGCCCUGCAGCCCUGCAGCCCUGCCGUGGGGACAGCGCGGCUGAGGAGAGGCAGCAGGAUCUCCCCAUCCCACCCCGACUCUACCCCAACCCGUCCCAUCUCCAUCCCACCACCCCAACCCAUCCCAUCUCCAUCCCUUUCCACCACCCCAACCCACUCCAUCUCCAUCCCAACCCAUCCCAAUACCCCAACCCAUCCUAUCUCCAUCCCACCACCUCAACCCAUCCCAUCUCCAUCCCAUUCCACCACCCCAACCCACUCCAUCCCCAUCCCAACCCAUCCCAAUACCCCAAGCCAUCCUAUCUCCAUCCCAUCACUCCAACCUGUCUGAUCUCCAUCCCAACCCAUCCCAUCUCCAUCCCAUUCCACCCCAAUCCAUCCCAUCACCAUCCCAACCCAUCCCAUCUCCACCGCAUUCCACCACCCCAACCCAUCCCAUCUCCAUCCCACCACCCCAACCCAUCCGAUCUCCACCCCAACGCAUCCCAUCUCCAUCCCAUUCCACCGCCCCAACCCGUCUCCAUCCCAACCCACCCCAUUCCUCCAUUCCAUCUCCAUUCCAUCCUACCCCUACUGCAGUCCCCUGCUGACUACUUGCCUCCCCCCCAUAGUCAUAGGGUGCCCCCAUCCAGGCUGCCAUGGGGUCCCUGUUCCGCAGCGAGGAGGUCUGCCUGGCGCAGCUCUUCCUGCACUCGGCCUCGGCGUACAGCUGCGUCAGUGAGCUGGGCGAGCGGGGGCUGCUGGAGUUCAGGGAUCUGAACCCCCACGUGAGCGCCUUCCAGCGGCGCUUUGUGGGCGAGGUGCGGCGCUGCGAGGAGAUGGAGAAGACCUUCACCUUCCUGCAGCAGGAGCUGCACGGGGCCGGGCGGGUGCUGGGGCCGUGCACCGAAAACCCUCCGGCACCGGUGGCCCGCGAGGCUCUACGAGUGCAGGAGCAAUCAGAGCAGCUGGCCAGGGAGCUGCGCGAGGUCAGCCGCAACCGCGCUGCCCUGCGAGGGCGCCUGCAGGACCUGCGCCAGUACCUGCACGUCCUGCGUGAAGGCCAGCGCCUCACAAGCAUGCCGGGCCCCCCUGGAUCGCCGCCGUCCAGCCGGGCGUUCUCUGAGCACGAGCCGCUGCUCGACCCCUCUGUGCACCACCACCUUGACCGCAAGAUCAACUUUGUGACUGGUGUCAUCCACCCGUGGAGAGUGAAUGCCUUUGAACGGCUGCUGUGGCGAGCCUGCCGUGGCUACCUGGUGGCCAGCUUUGUGGAGAUGCCUGAGCCCCUGGAGGACCCGAACACGGGUGAGAGCGUCACCUGGGUCAUCUUCCUCAUCUCCUACUGGGGAGAGCAGAUCGGGCAGAAGAUCCACAAGAUCUCAGACUGCUUCCACUGCCACGUGUACCCCUACCCAGAGAGCGAGGCCAGCCGGGCCGACACGCUGAAUGGGCUUCUCAGCCAGAUCCAGGACCUCAGCGUGGUGCUGGAGGAGACGGAGCAGUACCUGGCGCAGGUGCUGGACAAGGUGGUGCUGGCACUGCCCUCCUGGCGGGUGCAGGUGCAGAAGAUGAAGGCCAUCUACCUCGUCCUCAACCAGUGCAGCUUGGACGUCACAGAGAAGUGCCUCAUUGCUGAGGUCUGGUGUCCCGUGCAGGACCUUCCCCAGGUGCAGGAAGCCCUGCGCCAAGGAUCGUACAAGAGUGGCUCGAGCGUGGAGUGCUUCGUGCAGAGGAUCCCCACCUUGGAGAGCCCCCCAACUCUCAUCCGCACCAACAAGUUCACUGCUGGCUUCCAGAGCAUCGUGGAUGCCUAUGGGGUGGCCAGCUACCAGGAGGUGAACCCUGCCCCCUAUGCCAUCAUCACGUUCCCUUUCAUCUUUGCCAUCAUGUUUGGGGACGUGGGGCACGGGCUGCUCAUGUUCCUCUUCGCCCUCUGGAUGGUGCUGUUUGAGAACAGCCCCAGCCUGCAGCAGGGCAGCAACGAGAUCUGGCAGAUGUUCUUCAAGGGACGCUACCUCAUCCUGCUCAUGGGGGCCUUCUCCAUCUACACCGGCUUCAUCUACAACGAGUGCUUCAGCAAAGCCACUGUCAUCUUCCCCUCGGCCUGGAGCGUGGCCACCAUGGCCAACCACUCCUCCUGGAGCUCUGCCUACCUCGCCACCCACCAAUCCCUUACCCUGGACCCCAAUGUCACCGGUGUCUUCCGAGGGCCCUAUCCUUUUGGCAUCGAUCCGAUCUGGAGCUUAGCCACCAACCACCUCAACUUCCUCAACUCCUUCAAGAUGAAGAUGUCGGUGGUGCUGGGCAUCGUGCACAUGGGCUUCGGCGUCCUGCUGGGCGUCUUCAACCACGUGCACUUCCGACAGUGGCACCGGCUGGUGCUGGAGCUCCUGCCUGAGGUCGUCUUCUUGCUGGCGCUCUUUGGCUACCUUGUCUUCCUCAUCUUCUACAAGUGGGUCAAGUUCAGCGCCGUCGACUCCCAGGUGGCCCCCAGCAUCCUCAUCCACUUCAUCGACAUGUUUCUCUUCACCUCCAAUGCUGACAACCUCCCGCUCUACCGGGGGCAGGUGCCGGUGCAGAUGGUGCUGGUGGUGCUGGCACUGUUGUCGGUGCCUGUCCUGCUCCUGGGGACACCCCUGUACUUGUACAAGCAGCGGCACAGGCGGAGGGCGAACUCAAUCCCGCCUGCAGCCACGGUGGAGCAGGAGCCACUGCUGGAAGGGCAGGAGGCCGGCAACUCUGUCAAUGCCACCAAGGAAGAUGUGGAGAGUGGGGGGCACGGCCCUGACGCCGAGCACAUGGACUUCUCUGAGGUCUUCAUGCACCAAGCCAUCCACACCAUCGAGUACUGCCUGGGCUGCAUCUCCAACACCGCGUCCUACCUGCGGCUCUGGGCGCUCAGCCUUGCCCACGCACAGCUCUCUGAGGUGCUGUGGACCAUGGUGAUGCACAACGGCUUUGUGGGGCUGAGCUACGUUGGUGGUGUCGUGCUGGUGCCCGUCUUCGCCGCCUUCGCCGUGCUGACCGUGGCCAUCCUGCUGGUGAUGGAGGGGCUCUCCGCCUUCCUGCAUGCCCUUCGCCUGCACUGGGUGGAGUUUCAGAAUAAGUUUUACGUGGGUGCUGGCUACAAGCUGUGCCCCUUCACCUUCGCGCCCGAUCCCUGGGAGUAACUGAACUGUGCUGCAUGGACCUGGGGGGCUCCGCGUUGCUGGGACCCCCCAGUGCCAUGUGGCGGGGGGUGGGUUGGCUGCAUGCUCCCUGGCCCCGUCCUCUCCUUUUCCAAGCCUAGAGGUUUCUGCAGUGAAUAAAGCCCCCCGGCUCCCCGUCUGUGUCCCCUA